CGGCUGCUCUUCUUCCUCUUCUUCCUCUUCUUCUUCUUGGGUCUUUGCUUUUGCCGGCGCUGCGCUGUUGCUGUGAGGAUAUACGAUAGACGCGCACGCACGCACGCAUACAGCUUACAGUUGCUUUCUUCUCUUGCCUUGCGAAGUACUUUCCGCUGCCUUGCCUACCUUGCCUACCCACCUUCGUCAGCGCCCACACACACCCACACACAAAACCAGACAGCGCGCACACGCACACGCACACGCGCGAGCAAGAUGCGCGCGCUCGGGCUGCUGCUCCUCGGCCUCGGCCUCGCUGCGCCGUCGUCUUCUUCCGUCUCGGCGCUCUCGUUCCCUCCACAUCUCAGCAAGCGACAAUCCUCCUCCUCCGCCAGCUCUCCCCGCUGCUACUACCCCAACGGCCUCGAGUCCAGCGACAUACCGUGCAAUGCCGGCGCCAGCGACGGCAGCCCGUGCUGCGCCAAAGGCUACAUCUGCUUCAGCAACAAGCUGUGCGUGCGCGAGGGCGAGGGCGGGCGCUCGUAUCAUCGCGGCAGUUGUACGGACCAGAGCUGGCGCGGGGAGGGGUGUCCGCGAUUCUGCCUGACCUCAGCAACUGCGCUGCCGACCGCUACUGCUGUGAUCGCGCGGGCGACGCUAUCAGCAAGAAGACGUGCUGUGCGCGCGACGGUGGCGGCGGCGGCGGCGGCGAAGGAGACGCGCAGCUCGCGCUCGCGGGCGGCAGCGUCCUGACUACCAUUGGCGUGUCCGCCUCGUCCACCUCCGCAACGACCUCCACCAACACCCCUACUUCUUCCUCUGCCUCCUCCCGUUCCUCCCCCACUUCCUCGUCCUCCCUCGCAGCCGCCGCCGCCGCCGACGCCCCACCCACCGCCA